CCCUCCUCCCUCCACACUUGGCUAGUUGGCUUGUUCACAAAAUCAAAAAUGCCUCCGAAAAGAAACCCCAAUCGCUCCAAAGAAGCGGUGGAGAUUAACGCCAUGGCUGACUGCUUGUUUCCUCACGACAUUAUGAUCGCCAUUUUGACGCGACUGCCCGUCAAGUCUCUCUUCCGAUUCAGGUGUGUCUGCAAGCCCUGGAGCUGCCUCGUCUUCAACCCGAGCUUCAUAAAGCUCCACACCACUCUCUCUCUAGAAUCCCCGAGGCCGAGAGCUGCUCUAACCCAUCUCCUCAACUGCCCUGUUUUAAGCGUCCACCCCAACAGGGUUGCCCCAAGUGAUGCACCAGACCUCUGGUUAGAUCACUGCAACGGCAUGGUUUGCAUGACCCGCCCUUCCUACACCCAAAAAAUUGUUCUCUGGAACCCUGCUACUAAUUUGUGGAAAAUUCUUCCGGAUUCCAGUGCUAGGUUUGGGGCUGCGCAGAUGGUCUCGCUAGGGUUUGGUUGCAAUGCAGAUGGGGACGACUUCAAGGUGGUGAGAAUUGCGUGUAUGAAGGGAAGGAAAAUGAAGACUGAGGUUGAGGUUUAUUCCUCAAAGUCUGGUUCAUGGACAACCAUUGAGGACGUGGGGUUUAAGUUCACAGUCAUGUACCCUAUGAAUCAUGUUAUUGUGAAUGGAGACCCCUACUGGUUCGCCUGCACCGUCGGGAGAGAAAGCGAAAAUGGUGAGUUUGAUUUGCUGAGAUUUGAUGCCACUAACAUGAGAUUCACAGUUGUGGCGUUGCCGAGGGUUGACAGAUUGGGGCAAGGGCCGUGGCCGUUUGUGAGCUGGGAGGGGUCUAUUGCUGUGCUCUCCUGUAUCAAAAAAGAUGACAACUGGUUGCAGGAGAUUGAUGUGUGGUGUUAUGAGGGUGGUGGUGAAUGGAACAUGAAGAGGAGGUUCAGGGUGAAUCGACGCUUGCAGGUGGAUCAGUGCCUCGAUUGUUCGAGUUCAGGCAAGAUUCUCGGUGGUUGCACGGAUGGGAAGCUCUUCAUCUUAGAUACGAAGACGAGACGUAUUGAUGUGAGCAAGCUGAAGAAAGGGAAAGGGCGUACGUUCCAGAUUUUCGCUUAUGAUGAGAGCUUGUCCUAUGUGACGGGCAUGACCCCCGCGGGUGUGAGUGUGAGCAACAAGGAGCAAAAGCCCGAGUUCAAUGACAUGGAUGGCUUCUUCGUGUCGAGCUUCAACCACAGCAAUGGCCAGGUCGCUUGCUACUACGCGUUGGAAUGAGAUUGCCGAGUUUGUUGGUAGAUGAUAGGAUUUCUUUUAUGCUUUUGCAAGUAACUCUAGUGUUUAGUUUGUCAAACAAUUCUACUGCCACUCUGGUUGCUUCAAGUGCUGGAUAUUUCCUAUUGUAUGCGCUGCAGAGUAGCCAUUAUAACUCACGGUUUCUUAACUUUGAUAUGGCUAAUUUUGU